AUGACCGCGUCUUCUCCCGUCGUCAACGUCGAUCCCGACGGCGAAGUCAUCAUCGUCAUCCCGAGCCCAGCAGCGCCCUCCCGGCUCAGCCUAACCCAUCAAGAUGCCGCGGGAAAAGCCACGUCCACCAUCGCGACCGAAGACGACGUCGCGACCGAAGACGCAAGCACUCUCGACGCCUACUCUCAUCCAAUCCACCAAGCCUCCGAGCAAGACGGCAAGCCGUCCACGCUGCGCCUGAGGGUGUCCAAAAAGCACCUCGCCAUGGCAUCAACGCGCGCCAGGACAAUGUACCAAAUGGACUGCAAGGAAUCGACGCACGACGCCGACGGCUUCCUCCACUGGGAGUUUGCGCCCCUCUUCGACCCGGCGGCCUUCGAGACCGUCAUGCGCAUCAUCCACGGACAGACGAACAAGGUGCCGCGCGCCGUGACGCUCGACGCGCUCGCCGAGGUGGCCGCCAUCACCGACGACCUCGCGUGCCACGACGCCGUGCACUUCGUCGCCGACGCAUGGCUGGAGCGGCUGCAGCGCGCCCACCCGACAGAGAUAUGCCCGGACCUGUACAAAUGGAUCCUCGUCGCGUCCGUCUUCAGCCAGCCCGACUGCUUCCGCUCCACGACGCGCGUGGCCAUUAUGCAGUGCACGGGGUCGCUCUCCCCGGGGGCCACGCCUGUCCAUCCCGCAAUCAUCGAUGCCAUCGAGUCACGCAGGAGAGAUCUCCUGGGCGAGCUGGUAGCCGAAGCAGGGCUGGUCGUGCAGCGGCUGAGCCAGGGCGGCGGCGCAUGUACAUUCGACUGUCGGUCGAUGAUGCUCGGCGCGCUGAUGCAGGAGAUGCGCCGCGCGGGGCUGCACUCGCCUUGUUCGGGGCCGGGUGCGCCGCUGCCGCUGCCGAGCAUCUCCCUCAGCACGGCGCUGCACCGCAUGCGCAGCUUCCAGUCGCCGGCUGUCUACUCGCCGCAGGCGGAGGUUGACGAGGGCAGAGACUGGUGCGAGGGGUACGAGGCGGAUUCGGUAAGGGCGCCGGAGCGAGUGCGUUCCAGUGAGGGGUAUGGAUCAAGUCACUCCAUGUCGCGACAUCAGUAUAAAAAGCAUCGCAGGGUUGUCUCGGCGCCCCGCGGGAGGGAACAGGACGAGGGCUACGAUGGUUCGGCGACCGUGUUUAAGCACGAGUGUUGUUUGCGGAGGCUGCUCGAGCCGCUUAUUCAUGCCAUGGAGGCGAAAAUCACGGGGCUGGACGUGAAUGACUUUUCUAGCGUGUGUCAGACGAGAAGAGCUGUGUAG